UUGACUAAUGAUAUGCGGAUAGAAAAUAGCACUGAAAUGCAAAAUAUCUUAAGACUUCGCUUGGAUGGUAUUAUUUCUUGCCACCGGAUGGAUGAAACGAUGGACGUUCCAUUCCAAAAGAUUACUUCCAGUCGAUAAAGAUCUGGUUCCAGCCUUCGACUCAGUCCACCUCGUCCCUCCUUCAUAUCUUGGAAAGACACUAACAGUUAAUUAGAUUUCACCCGUUAUCCACUCAGAGGUGUCGGCCAGCAGCGCCAGCGCCGCCAACUAUGAACUGCUGCAAAGCGUAAUCGAUGCUGCUUCCACGAUGCUGACAAACAUCUUCUUCCACUCCAAACCCGCAGCCUUGUCAUCAUGUUUAGAUGCCAAUGUUGGCCGCCGUAAGCACACCACAAGGCUCGGUCUGUCAUGGAGAUCGAGCAGAAGAAGGUUUUCUCCUCCUCCGAGUGGUGCCGCAGAGAAAGAAGAAAGCCAGUUCGAAAUCGACCGGGAGAAGGCCCGGGAAGCGCUUCAGAAGCUCGACCAGCAGCUACAGACACUCUCUCAGGGGGAAUCCCUUCCGAAGAAGCGGCCCUCCUCCUCUUCCCUCUCCGCAGAUCUUAAUCUGGAAAGAGAUCGAAUGACCGGCAUGAGGAUUGAUGAAAUGCCUGAAAUUUCUGGAUCAUACCUUUCAUAUAUUGCGGUUGCGCUUGUCAUACUUACCAUAUUCAACAAUAUAAUUUUCAAUGCAUUCAUAAAACCAUCGGUUGACGGCAAUGAGCAAGCUUCAAAAAUUGAAAGAGUGCCUCUAAGAGAACCAGCAGAGCAGCUAAUGCCACAGUUAACACAAUGAGGUGAGCCACAUUAGCCUCUAGCAAGAACUAAUGUGGAGUGUUUCUGAUUCUGUAAGAAUUUUGAGUUACUAGUCUGUCAUGAAAUCAAGCCAAAAGUUUUCAUCUAUUUCAGUGGAUCUACAUUUAAGUCCUUGUUGAGGAAUGUGCAGUCUAUCAAAAAUAUUCAACUGAUUUUUGAAUGAACAAAACCUGAAAGAAUAUGGUUCUGAAAUUGCUGUUUGAGACAUUGCUUAUGCAAUAAUGUUAAGCUGGUAUUUGCA